UACACCGAUUCCGGAACAGGAUCCUAGCCCACCCGAGUAGACAUGCCCGGGAGUCAGAGCGACCCCAGAACUUAUGUGCUCAUCAGACCUCUGCCCGCCCCCAAUCAGAAGGGGCUCAAAGUCCAGGCCAGGAGCCCCUCACAUUACACGUGCUGGGCACAGCGCCCCCGGGAGGACGUGUUCAGGGACAACUACUACCGCAGGCAGAGGCAGCUGUCCCAGCAGGGGUACAACGCCCCCAACUACAAGCCCUAUGAGGACCUGGGGCACCCGCUGUUCCUGGAGGCCAAGAAGCUCAUCCUGCACUCACUGGGGCAAGAGGAGCAGGAUACAAAACCUGAAGAGACUGACGCUGAUAAAACAAGGCCUGAGGAAAGCAGAUUGGAAACUUCAACCAAGUCCCCACUGAACAAAAGGAUUGCAUCUUCCGGGUCUUCUGUGUAUCUGAGGCAUAGAAGAAAAGACACAAGCAGCUUUAAUAAAGAGCUCAGCCACACCAGGAAGCUGAUCAGCAGUGUAAAACAAGGCCGGGGUUACUUUCAUAUUCUCCAACAAGAGGAAGAGCGGAAAAAAUUGGAAGCACAAAAGAAACAACGCCUGCUACAGGAAAAAUACAGGACUGAACCGCAGCCCUUCAGGGACUCCAGCGAGGAUAGCUCAGGGGAAGACGAAGAAAUGAGUAAACCAGAUAAUAAGACAAGGUUCUUUCUCACAGAGAUUGGAAAACAGCAGAAAAAAGAGAAGAGGGCAAUGAGCCGUCCAUUCACGCCUGUACACAACAGUCUGUUUUCCAAACAAGUCCUUGAUGUAGAUCCGGAAACUCUCUUCCACCAGCUCUGUGCCAUACAUUGGCUGUUAGAGACUCUAACCUCGGAUCCAUCUGUCUUCAUGAGGCCUAUGUCAUCUUGUUGGAGUAUAAGAGAUCCUGGUGGCUGUAAAACUUCAUUAAAACGAAUCAAUAGAGAGAAGGACGUGGAGAUGAAGUGGGAGCAGUUUAUCAUGCCGGGGAAGAAUAAAAAGCAGAGUCAAAAGCUUUUCCGCAACCACUUACGAGCUCGGAAACUAUCCUUCCUCAGCGUCUCACGUUUUAGUGGACUUUCUUCAGCGCACACACCAACCAUAGGUAGUGUUUCCUCCCUUCUUCCGGGCUCUGAUGAAAUGGCAACUGGAGGCACAACAUCCUCAGACGCACCUCAAGAAGGUGGGGACGACUUAGAGUCCACUGUCAAUAGUUCCCUCCAUACCCCAGGCAAACUGAGCAAAGAGGAGGAUGAAGAGCAGCUGUCUGAUUAUAUGCAGACUUUACUGCAGAUGAUUGCAGAAAGUGUGACUAAUGAGUUAGAUGAAGAAAAUGAAUGGAAAAACAAUUUAAAAAGUGACACAUCUUCAGCUGAGGUUAGAGAGACGAUGGAUUAAGGAUGAUCAAGGGAGCACACAAAAGCAUCACACAGAGACCUAAAAGCUCCCCUGCCCCUCGUUUGUCUCCUACAAACCUCUUCAUAAAGAAUAAAAGCAAUCUGUUUUCGGAUAUGAGAGAAACAUUCUUUGACGUGUCCAAUGAAGCUGAUGUCUACUUACAUGAUAAGGUGGAGGCAA